AUGGCAGGAACAGGAGUUCCGCCAAUCAACAUCGAGGGCACCGCUGAUUGGUCAUCCUUGAGUAGGAUGAUGAACAGCAAGGGGAUUCAAUUCUCCAAAGCGAGGACGGCGGGUACCAGUGUGAAGGUAUUCACAAAUACACCAGCUGACUACCGUCAGCUAGUCGCACUGCUUGAAUCCAUCAAGCGGCCCUUCUUCACAUAUCAACUGAAGGAGGACAGGAUGGACCAGAGGGUCAUUCGUGGGCUUCCGAGAGAGAUGUCAGUCAAUGACAUCAAAGAGGAUCUGGUGAGCCAAGGCAUCGCAGACGCCGUGGUUCAGCAGCUGACCUCAAGGACCACAAAGAAGCCACUUCCGCUCUUCCUCGUCAAGACGAAGAUGCCGGAAAAGCUUGCAGAGAUCCAGAGGCUGGCCAUGCUCACGGUCAGCUUCGAGAGGAAGAAAAAGUCUUCCGAGCCCAGCCAGUGCUACCGCUGCCAGCGGUACGGGCACACACAGCGGAACUGCCGUCUCGCUGAACGGUGCGUUAAGUGUGGAGAGGACCACAACAGCACCAGCUGCAGUCUGCCAGCGCCGCCAACAGGGCAACGAAACGCCAAGUGUUGCCUCUGUGGAGAAGGCCACCCCGCCAACUACAAGGGAUGUAGUAAGGCGCCGAAGAAAGCUGCUUCUGCCCCCAAAGCAGUCCCCACCACAAAUAGGACUUCUUACGCCCAAAAAGUGAAGAAGCCUAUGUCCACUUCUGCCCCAGCAGCCGCCACUGCUACUGGAACUACUGCGCAGAAGCAACACGGCGAUGACAGACUGCUAGCAAUGAUGCAAGCCAUCAUAACCCGCCUGGAUGCACUCGAGGCCAAGAUGCAAGACAAGCACUAG